CCGCCUCAGGCUGCAGUCACAAGCCGGCACCUCUCCUCCGACCCCUGCUACGAAACAAACAUCUCUUAUAAUAGGUAGAUGAGUCCACGGGCAUGCAUCACAGCCCGGUUUUAUUAAAAGAACAUUCACUUCAUACACUCUCUUCGUUGCUUCUCUUUCUCUUCCCCUUGUUUGUCUUCUUCGAUUUUCAUCUUCCUUUCAACUUUUGUUCAAGUUUUUCUUUCCAUCUUUCUCUUUACUUUACUUCGUAAAAAUGAAGGACCGCGUUUACGACUGGAAAAAACGCAUACUCAUCCCAUUAUGGACCAUCCGGUUCAUGUGGAUCAUCAUCGUCGUCGUGUUCUUCGGAAUCUCUCUGGAGAUCUUCACCUGCUACUUUGACAAUGCCAUAUGCGACGACUACAACAGCGCUCUUACACUCAUCAAAGCACUGCUCUACUCCUGCCUGGGCGUCAUCCUACUGCUCGACACAACCCAGGUCUUCAUGUUCGCCCUAGACAAGCUCGCUCCGCUAGCCCUCCUCAUCAUGAACGCGCUGCAAACUCUUUUCUGGGGGGGUAUUCUGGUCGUUAGUAUUGCGACUAGUCUCCAAAAGAAACUCGAGCCUAGUCUACUCAACGACCCGGACAAGUCCUCUGGCUUGGCUGUCAAGGCCGGUGUCCUGUAUGGGUUCGAGGUCGCUUGUGUUGCACUCUACCUACCCAUGGCCAUCUACGCAUGUAUCGCCAUGCACGACCAACGCCAGAUGCGGAAACGAGGCAAGUACUCGUUGGCGUCUUAA